CGAAAAUAUCCUCGACAUCUAUACAACAUCAAGAGCAACAGUAGAUUGGUAAUAUUUUGAUAUCGUCAAGAACGUCAUCAUCUUCUUUUGUUGCAAGAAAUGCCGUCUGUCUUGAGCACGUUGCGUCAGCAAUCUGCUACAUCGAAAAAGCUACAACAACGCCUGGUCGCGAAUGUUCACUCCUUACCAGGAUCAGCAGGAG